AUGAGGGAAUGGAUUGCAAACCCAUACACUGUUCCUUCGCUCACCGCUGAUAUUGAUGAAGGAGUAGCUGAUGGUAACCAUGAAGAUCCUGCUGGUCAAGAGGAUGAACCAUAUGAUGGUGGUCAUUUCUCUCCUCAACUUUCUCAUCAUAUCGUCUCUGUUACUGAGAAAGUUCCCUCAACUCAAAAGGAUUCACUGAUUCAAGGGGAGCAACAAUUUCAGGGGGAGCAACAAUCUCAGGGGGGAGCAUCCCUCAUAGGGGGAGAAUCCACCCCAAGGAGACUACUCUUCUCCGGGGAUGCCACCACACUCACACGUAGCUCCAGCCCUCAAUCUGAUGAUGCUAAAAAAGGGGGAGAUACUAAUAUUGAUGAUGAUGAUGAUGAUGAUGAUGAUGAUAAUGUUGAUGAUAAUGCUGAUCAUGAUAAUGAUGAUGAAAAUCCAAAAGAGAAAGACACUGAACAUGUUGACAACUCCUUAGUUCAGACUGAGCCACCAAAGCAGAUGCCCGAGUCUGACUUUGUGAAGCCUAAUAGUCCAGCAGAUACUGAAAAGCGUGUUGAAGACAGUGAGCAUAAUGAUGAACAAGAUGAUGAAUGUCAAGUACUGGAUAUGAACUUCAUUGAUCCCUUUAUUCCAAUUCAAGAAGAAGAUUCAGAUGAUCUUGAUACUGAAUCGCAAAGGCCAGACAUGAAAGUCGUUGAUCCCACUGUUGAUCCCAUUAUUUUGGUCCAAGGAGAAGAUUCAGACGUUGCUAGUGAAGAUUCUCAUCCGUUAUCUCGCAAUCGAAAGGCUGGAUAUUGUGAUGAUGCUGAAGUUGUUUAUAGUUUCCUUGAUACAAAUAAAAUUGGCGAGAUACAUUCCAUCUUUGAGGAAUCAAUGUAUACUCGUCAACCUACCAGAAGCUUUGGAACCAUCUUGGCUCGAGUAGACAGUGUUAGCACAUACAUUGUGAUAAAAACUCUUUUUGAUAGGGCUGUUGCAUCAUUCAAGGUUUAUAAAGAGACUACGGGUAGGAGCUCAAUGCAACAGCAGUUGGAAUCGUCAAAGCCAGAGUUAAAAAACUGGAAUACUCUUGGAGGAAGAGUUGAUAGAAAUAAAGAGAAUAAUGUGAUUCCUGCCAAGUGGACAUCACAUAAGAGACCUGUUGCUAGAACUGUUGCCCCUGCCCCUGCCCUGCCUUGUAUUGAAGUUUUCUUGGAUGAAGAAUGCUUAGGGUCGGAAGAGCUGGAAGACAUCAGCAGGUAUGGGUCAAAGGAAUUAUUUGUUGAUGAGAAAUGA